AUGGCUAAAAAAUUGGCUGCUAAGGAUCAGGUGGUCAAACUGAUCGUUGGUGCUGGCCAGGCAAGUCCUAGUCCGCCUGUUGGUCCAGCUCUUGGUAGCAAAGGCGUCAAAAGCAUGGAUUUUUGCAAGGAAUUCAAUGCUCGCACUGCUCAUAUCAAUCCUGGCGUUCCGAUCCCAGCCCGAGUUACGGUUCGACCAGAUCGCUCGUUCACAUUCGAAUUACGCACGCCCAUGACCUCCUGGCUUCUCCUUCAAGCUGCUGGUGUAAAGGAAAUCAAAGGCAAGAUUCGAGGUGCACAAAAACCAGGCACGGAGUUUGUCGGGACUGUUUCUCUUAAACAUAUCUACGAGAUCGCAAAAAUCAAGCAAAGCGAGCUGCGAUUAUCAGGCCUCAGCCUCCAGGGUCUUUGCAAGAGUGUUAUAUGGCAGUGCAAAUCAAUAGGUGUCAAGGUUGUGCCGUAA